AUGGGGCUCGGGAAGACGUUUCAGACCAUCGCGAUGAUUGCGUAUCUGAAAUUCACAGUGGGGUUGCCCGGGCCGCAUCUGGUGGUGUGCCCGAAGUCGGUGAUGGGAAAUUGGCAUCGGGAGUUCCGGCAUUGGUGCCCUGCCCUGUCGGUGUAUAAAUUUCACGCCCCGAGCGAUCUACGACCGAUGCUCAUCAAAUCCCACUUUCACCCGCCCGAUAAACUUCGCCACGACGUCAUCGUCACGACGUUUGAGAUGGUCCUGGAGGAGAUCCAAGCGUUUAAGAAGAUUCACUGGCAGUACCUCAUCGUGGACGAGGCGCACAAAAUCAAAAACGAAGAAGGCCGCGCGCAUACCCUUUUGGAUUCCCUGGAUACCUCCCACCGCCUCAUUAUCACCGGAACGCCGCUCCAAAACAACCUCAAGGAGCUGUGGUCGUUGCUGCAUUUUCUCUCCCCACGGCUCUUUCACACCACGGAUACGCUGGAGGAGUGGUUCGACUCCUCCAGCGGUCAUCAAGACGCGGAGGUGAUGUCGAACAUGCACAAAAUCCUCGCCCCGAUGAUGAUCCGGCGGAUCAAAUCCGAGGUGAACACCGGGAUCCCCCCGAAAAAAGAGAUCUACGUCUCCUGUAAGCUCACCAAAACGCAGCGGGAGUGGUAUAUUCGCAUCCUCGCCAAAGACUCCGACGCGCUUAACCGCGCCUCCAGCAGCACGAGCUACCUAAACUCCGUGCUGAUGAAUCUUCGCAAGGUCAUCAACCAUCCGUAUUUGAUGGAUGGCGCUGAGGAAGGGCCGCCGUUUAUCACCGACGAAAAACUCGUGAAAGUCUCCGGCAAGAUGCUCAUUUUGGAUAAGCUGCUGCAUCGCCUAAAAGAGGAUGUGGAAGGGCGGCAUAAGGUCCUCAUCUUCUCGCAAUUCACGACGAUGCUGAACAUCCUGGAGGAUUACUGCAACAUGCGUGGCUUUCGCUACUGUCGGAUUGACGGGAACUCCAGCAGUUACGACCGCGACUCGCAGAUGGCGAAUUUUAACGCGCCGAAUAGCGAAUCCUUCAUCUUUUUGCUCUCCACGCGGGCAGGCGGGCUGGGGAUCAACCUCCAGGCCGCGAAUCACGUCGUGAUCUACGACUCGGAUUGGAACCCGCAGAUGGAUCUCCAGGCCCAGGAUCGCGCGCAUCGCAUCGGGCAGAAACGCAGCGUGCGCGUCUACCGUUUCGUAACGGACGGCACCGUCGAGGAGCGGAUCUACCGCCGCGCGCUGAAGAAACUUUAUUUAAACGCGAUUGUCGUUCAGCAGGGGACCCUGCGUUCAGGGGGAGGGGGGGGCGCGACCGCGUCGAAUGCCGUUUCUCGUGGGGAACUCCUUUCGAUGAUUCGAUUCGGCGCGGAGGAGAUCUUCCGCACGCGGCAGGUCGACGUCACCGAGGCCGAUAUCGACCGCCUCCUCGACGAAGGGGAGGUCAAAUCCACCCAACUCAACAGCGAAGUGAAGCAAACCGUGCAGAUGUCGCUCUCGAGCUUCGAGCUUGGCGCCGAGGAGGCGAAUAUCUACGAUUUUGAAGGCCUUUCCUUCCGCGCCGGGGUUGAAACGCGAAUGUUGCAUCUGAAGCUCCCAGAGGCCGUCGCCCAAUCCACGUUGCAGCAGCAAUGCGCGGAGUACGGCGAGGUCCUCCGCGUCGUCCUCCACCCCAACCUCCAUGAGGCCCUUGUGCAGUUUCGCACGUUAAACGGCGCGAUCGACGCCCACGCCGGGUUGCCUUAUGAAUCUUCUUUCGCGAAUAAAGAAACGCAAACGAUCGUCUCCGGGGAGAUGAUUUCGGCCGGGUUGGAAACUGGCGAGAAGCUCGGGCGUGGCCACCGCACCCGAGGCGUCAUCGCGCAUUACACCGAGGCCGAGGUCGAGCAGCUCCAGACGAAGGCGACGAAGGCGCCCCCGCUGAAGCUGCCGAAACCCCCCAAAUUCCCGCCCUUUCAGCUUUUUAACCAACGCCGCCUGCUCGAGCUGCAUAACACCGAGGUCGGGUUGAUGGUGCAGAAUUGGAAGCGAAAGUACGCCGACGGGAAUGGCAACGGCAACGGCAAUCCGGAAGGGGAGGAGGCUGGAGAAGGGGAAGGGGAGGCCGCGGAGGAAACCCUCACCGCCGCGGAGCAAGACGAACGCGAGCGUUUGCUUCGCGAUGGCUUUCCUAACUGGUCCUCGCGGGAAUAUCGCCGUCUUCUGCAACUUCUGAUCACUGGCGAGGUCGAGCUUCACGACCACGUCGCCCUCGCGGCGGGAUUGGGAAGUCCGGAGAAAACCCCUGGGGAGGUUCGCGAUUACCUCACCGCCCUCCUCGACCGUGGCGAGCAGUGUAUUCCGAGGUUCGAUAAGAUCGAGAAGCGAAUUCAUUCCGCGCAAGCGCGGAUCGCCGCGCGACGCGAUCUCCUCCGCGCGGCGCGGUGGAAAAUCGAAGGCUACGACGACCCCGAGCAGCAGUUGAGCUUCCCGGGGAAACCAGCCUUGCCGGAGCUGCAGCGGCGGAUUUUUCUCCUCGGCUACGAUACCGGAUUCGCGACGGAGGAGAUCGGCAAGCGGAUCCGCGCGCUUCCCGAGAACGCCUUUAACGUGUGGUUUCGUUCCCGCACGGAUUACUUCUACGCGACCUGCCUCCAUCGCCUGAUGCGCGCGGUGAAGCGGGAGUGGGAGCGGGAAACAAGGGAGGGCGGGGAGAGCGAAAGGGAGCACCGGCGGUUUCGCACCGAGCGGGUUUAG